AAAAAAAAAAAGAGAAGCUUCAGAAAAAUGGUGAUUUUAUCGGCGAGCUCCACCGUGAGAGCUGCCUUAGAUACACAACCUAGACUUCCGUACAACCCUAAUGCGCCGCGAAAAGUUAAGAAAACCCCUAACAAUAAUUCAUUCUUACCACCACCGUCACCUCCACCGUCUCCAGGAAUCAGCAUCUCCGUCGCUGAUUUGCUCAAGCGUCCCGCAAGUAAAGAAUUAACUGUUGACGUUGAUGAUACGUAUAUGGGAUAUGAGACAUGGUCUCCAAGUCCACCAAAGUUGGAGAAACCAAGAUCAGUCUUCAAUGCUGCUUCUUUGGCCUUCAUAGGCGAUUCCAUUUUUGAGCUAUAUGCUCGUAGGCAUUUUCUUUUCCCUCCGCUCAGUAUUGAAGAUUAUAACGAUCGUGUUAGAGCAGUGGUGCGCUGUGAAGCACAGUAUGCUUUGCUGAAGAAACUUGUUGAUGAUGACUUCUUAACAAAGGAAGAGAGGGAUAUUCUUAGGUGGGGAAAAAAUCUAGGUUCCGCUAGAACACGUACAAGAAGGCGUGCAGGUAAUGCGGUUUAUAACAAGGCAUCAUCAUUGGAGACACUAAUUGGUUAUCUGUAUCUGACAAACGGGAAGAGAUUAGAGAAAAUAAUGCAGAAGCUAGGAUUCUCAAGCGACUCUUCAACUGAGAUCGUGAUUGAAGAGGCCAAGCCCAAACCAUCAGAAUCCAACCUCUCAAACUUCAUACUCAACGAGCAAGUGGUGUCAUAAUAGUUGUAGAAAAAGGUCUCUACUCUUAUCGGAUCAUGGAAAAGCUGAAGAAUCAAAGUUUCCUUAGAAGGCCGGUGUAGCAUUACAGUGCUCACUUAACCGGAGAAGACGAUUUUUGUAUACGUACAUACGUAUGUAUGAAUGUGCAACUCCUACUGGUUGGUCAAAUCAAAGUGCCCAUUUGUGUCUUCUGUCUCAACCAUGAUACUUGCCCUCAUGGGUUGUUUCUUGAGCUAGUCUAUUAGUGUACUAACAUAUAUAUGAUAUUAAAAGUUUAAACCAAAAGAAGAUAUGUAAUAUCUUUAGUUACUCGCAUUUUAGUACAUCA